GCUCCUCCCCCUACUCACUUCCACACGAUUUAUGCCUUAAGAUGGUAAAAAGCGUCACCAUUUUUCCAAUGCGAAGUAACUAGUUUGAGAACGUACCAAGAGAAACGCAACGCAAAUCCAAUGUAUCGGCUUCGAUUACGCGAUGAGACCAGCGAGCCGGGUCACUAACUGAAAAAGCCAUGCUAUCACGUCACAUUUAACUCUGGUCUAAAAUGUCCGAGAAUGGAAAUCAAGCGAUGGAAACAGUGAGAAACCGUGUCUCUGGUGGUCACUCAUGGAACAUCAGAACUGGUAGAUCACGAAGGAGACCUGGACAUAGACAAGAGCAUAAUGAAACAUCAGAUGACUUCCAACAGCAGAAGGGAGUGGUCCCUUUUAAAACAGGUAGUACUUUUGCCCAGAACAAUGCCAAAAGAGGCUACCGCCAUUCUUCUCAGACAUUUCGUUCAGAGACUCAACCCAGUGAUGCUGCUUGGAAUCAAAUACCUCGUAGAUCCCAGAGUGGGUUGCAGAGGAGUGGUGCAAGGCAAAAAGAGCAUACAUCUAGAACGACCCAGCCACUUGUUUCCCAAAGGACAGUCAGUCAACCUAAUCUGUUGAACAUUAAUGAUAAUGGAAGUAAGGUUCCCACAGACCAUUGCAAAAAACUCCACAGAAGUCAGAAGUUGGAUAUGAGAGCACUUGAGACAAUUCUACAAAUGGAGCCAUCUGAAAUAGUCAUGAAACUGGCAGCACCAGGCAGUGGUUUGAACAAUUUACUAAACACAGAAGAAGAGACCAGUGACUCUGUCUUAUCUAAAAUUCUUGAUGUUCUCAGCAAAGCAUGCAGCAGUCGAACGAAUAGACAGAACUUGCAGCAUCUUCUUGUUGAGGUGAAAGAGUCUAAGUUUGUGAAAUGUUUAUUGCCCCUGUUUAUUAUGAACAUAGAUAAACCCAAAGACCAGUUGGAGAUGGAAGGUACCAUAGAUAAAAUCAACAAAAUAAUGGACCUCUACUUAACAUUAGUGGACAUCUUUCCAUCAAGUACUAUUGUGGUUGUAUCCCUUGGUCUUGCAGUUUUGGAGACUCAAAUGUCAAAACUGCAAAGCUAUACAGGUAUCAGUGUUCCAAAGGAAACACAAAAUAAGGUGGAGAAGCUUCAGAUGAUAGUUACACAUCUGAAAAACAAGAAACAUGAAAGAACUUUCCAGUCAGACAGUUACACCUUGCUUUUGGAAGAUUAUGAUGAGUCAAGUAUUGAAAAUUUCAGGGUCAUGUCAAUAUUUCCAAGUUUUGGAGAUAUACACACGACCAAGAAGCCAUUCAUUAGGCCCAACAUUAUCACUGAGAAGUUUGCAGACAGUGACACCUACCUGGACACGCACUUCCGGCUUCAGAGGGAAGACUUUGUUAAGCCCUUGAGAGAUGGAAUUUCACAACUCCUAAUGGGCAAUGACAAUGACAAAAUGCAACAAAGACUUGACAUUCGAGUUUAUUUUAAUGCCUCCAUUACUUCUCCUGUAUGUACUCCAAAAGGAAUAUUGUACCAAAUUAGGUUUGACACAAAGAACUUGAAAUAUGUCAACUGGGAGACCUCGAAGAGGCUCCUCUAUGGAGCACUGAUUUGCCUGUCUAUGGACAAUUUUAGAACAAUGAUUUUUGCCACUGUUGGCCACAGAGAUAUAAAAGAACUUAAAAAAGGUGUUGUAAAUGUCUUCUUCAAUGACGAGAAUAGGGUGAGACUUGCAAAUAUCUCUCAAAAGUCGUCAUUCUUAAUGGUUGAGACAACAGCCUUUUUUGAAGCUUACAGACAUGUCCUUGAAGGUCUACAGGAGAUAAAUGCAGAAGACCUGCCAAUGCAGAAGUAUAUUGUAAUGUGUGAAUCUGACAUCACUCCUCCUAAGUAUCUACAAGACAAUAAAGGCAAUUAUAGUCUUUGGGCACUGAUGAAUGAUUGUGCAAAAAUUUCCAAUUUACAAAAGCCGGCACUGCAAAACAGAAAACAACAGUUUCAACGGCCUGUUUAUCAGAGGCAACUUGUGGGAAAAGAGGGGGAUGUGAAGAAUAUUUUAAAUUUGAAUGAUUGGCCUAGUAAAGAGAAUCUCAAAUUAGAUACUUCUCAGAUGAAAGCUGUGCAGCUGGCAUUGACAAAGGAACUUGCCAUAAUCCAAGGCCCCCCAGGAACAGGAAAGACUCACGUUGGUCUUAAGAUUGUCAAGGCACUCUUGGAUAAUGCUCAGGUCUGGGGCAUUGGUUGUAGCAGUCCUAUUCUGGUUGUUUGCUACACAAACCACGCAUUGGACCAGUUCUUGGAAGGCAUCCUCAAGUACAUGACAGAUCCACUUGGGCUGGUGCGAGUUGGGGGACGAUCCUCCAGCGACAUUAUCAAAAACUAUUCUCUCAACAAACUGAGAAGCAACCAGAGGGCUUCAAGGGCUUGUUUACCUGGACACCUAAAAGCUAUGCAUUCGGAUCUUAAAGAAAAGAUGAAGAAGGCUGAGGAGGAAGUUGGAAGAAAUGCUUCUUUGCUUGAAAUCUCUGAAAAUGGAAUUCUGAAUGAGUCUAUCCUGUGCGAGCACAUCGUAUCUCUUCAUGGAAGCAGCCUGGAAGCUGGAAGGCCUUUGGAAGAGUACUAUGUGGGGAGUGAGAGGGAGCAGUCUGUGAUUUUAGAGUGGCUUGGAAUCUCUGUGAUUAACAGUGGUCCACACUGCAUGGGCGGGGGCAAUGGAGUCAGUGAGAAUGCUGAAGGCGCCACCCAGGAGGAAGGCUUAGCACAAGACCUUGACUGCCUGUCAUGGUCUCCUCAAGCAGCGUGUGGAGACAAUGUUGGGGAGGCCCUGAUGGAUGCAGUUAGUGAUGACAACACCCUAGAUUGCUUUGAGCAGGAGCAGGCUGAGAGAAUGAUGGAAGGAGACAAUGUUGAAAAGCACAUCCAGAGCGCCCACAACAGGAUCUACACCAUGGAGAGAGAAGCCAUGGCCUGUGUGCUCAAGGAGGAGGAGGAAGAGCUCAGAGAUAAAAAUGAAGAGGAUGGUUACGACCAAGGGUGGGAAAUAACUAAAGAAAUGAAGAAGAGGUUGAAACGGUUCAUAAAGGCAGAACUUAAGAAGACUGACCACAUGACAAAGACGGAGGCUUUGAGGAUCUCUAACCUCUGGGCUCUGCCCAGCAUACAGCGGUGGAGCCUCUACCGACUUUGGGUCUCCUUGUUCCGGCAAGACCUGAAGGAAAAGCUUCUGGAAUCUGAGAACAACUUCCAGAGAAUAAUCGAGCGCUUGGAUGAACUAAGAAACGCUGAGGACGAGAUGAUCCUGAAGAAUGCCAGCAUCAUUGGCAUGACAACCACAUGUGCUGCCAGAUACCGCAAGGUUCUGCAAGGCAUUCAGCCCAAGAUUGUGGUGGUGGAGGAAGCUGCGGAGGUUAUGGAGGCACACAUUGUGAUGGCGCUGACCCCAGGCUGCGAGCACCUCAUCCUGAUCGGAGACCACCAGCAGCUUCGCCCCAGUGCAACAGUCUAUCAGCUUGCCAUUAAUUUCAAUCUGGAGGUGUCGUUGUUCGAGAGGCUGAUCAAAAUGAAAAUUCCAUAUGUUCGUCUUGACUAUCAGCAUCGCAUGAGACCGGAGAUUGCACGUCUGCUAACACCAUAUAUCUAUGACCAGCUGGAGAAUGAUUCUUCGGUCUAUGAGUAUGAAAACAUCAAGGGUGUCACUUCAAAUGUCUUCUUUGUGGAACAUGAGCACCUUGAAGAGAACAUCUCUGAAGGCCGAAGUCACCAGAACAAGCAUGAGGCCACCUUUGUCAAGGCUCUCUGUUAUUACUUUAUCUGUCAGGGGUAUAAUCCUUCCCAGAUUACGGUUCUUACCACAUACACCGGUCAGCUCUUUUGCCUGAAAAAGAUUAUGGAUAAGAAAAAAUUUGGUGAUGUUAAACUGUCUGUUGUAGAUGGAUACCAGGGAGAGGAGAAUGAUAUAAUAAUACUGUCCUUGGUUAGAAGCAAUAAGGAAGGAAAGGUGGGUUUCCUGAGUAUACCAAACCGUGUUUGUGUGGCUCUGUCUAGGGCGAAAAAAGGCCUGUUCUGCAUCGGAAACAUGUCGAUGCUUUCUACCGUCCCACUGUGGGGCAAGAUCAUAAAGGAGCUCAGGAGUCAUGGGGAGAUUGGCAAAGCAUUGAACCUGCGCUGCAAGAACCAUCCUGGCACCAUCACUACUGUGUCUGAGGAAGCAGACUUCUCAAAGGUACCCCUAGGGGGAUGCUCCGUGCCCUGCGAACAUCAGCUCGACUGUGACCAUGGUUGCCCCAGGCUCUGCCACCCGGUUGAUGACCACAAGCAGUAUAAAUGCAUGAAGCCCUGCACCAAGACACUAUGUCAGUUCAAACACAAGUGCCCGAAGGUGUGUUCAGACAUUUGUGGGAAAUGUAAGGUGCCUGUCACUAAGGUAAUUCCCAGAUGUAAUCAUGAGCAGCUUGUUCCUUGCUCGGUUGAUCCGGAGGAGUUUGUCUGUACUGUUCCAUGCACAAAGACCUUACAGUGUGGCCAUGCCUGUAUCCGCAAAUGUGGGGAAUCUUGCACAUCCCGUUGUCCCCAGAAUGUCACUGUGGAUUUAGAUUGUGGUCAUCAAAGAGUCUUGCCAUGCCACAUAAAGCAGGAGGUUGACUGCAAACAGGGGAAAAUCCAGUGUUUGAAAAAAUGUAACGCUCAGUUGGACUGUGGCCACAUGUGCACUGGGAAAUGUUUCCAGUGCAACAACGGAACCGCACAUAUUACGUGUGUUGCUCAGUGUGAAGUUCAGCUGAUCUGCUCACACUGUUGCAAGGAGAAGUGCGGGGCGAGCUGUGUUCCCUGUUUCCAGCCUUGUAAAAACCAAUGUCUGCAUCAGAUAUGCCCAAAGGUGUGCAGUGAGGCUUGUCAGCCUUGUACCCAGCCCUGCCCCUGGCAAUGUAGGCAUCAGCGCUGCACUCGGCUGUGCCACGAGCCCUGUGACAGACUCCCCUGCCAGAUGCCCUGCUUUAAACGGCUACCCUGCCAACAUCAGUGCAUUGGCAUGUGCGGUGAACCGUGCCCAGAUAAGUGCCGGAUCUGUGAUGCCGGGGAUGUGCAAGAGCUCUUCUUUGGGAAAGAAGCUGACCCAGAAGCUCACUUUGUACAGCUGUCAGACUGCAGGCAUAUUUUCGAAGUGACUGGUUUCGACUCUUGGAUGGGGUCUCCGGAUGGGAACAGAAUCAAGUUUAAGAGUUGCCCCAAAUGCUGCAUGCCUAUCCUCAGGACCGUGCGAUACGGUGCCGUGGUCAAACUUCUGCUGUCUGACAUCGAGUUGUUGAAGAGUAGGGCAGCCAAGAUGUAUUCAGAGUACAUUAAAAACUCUGUGAGGGGGAGGAUAAAGCAGGGGAUAAAUUGCCAAUUUUUUUCCCUUCUCCUCCCCAGGUUAGAAGAUCACUUAGAUUUAAGUGGAGCUCACAAUAUUCACAGACAAGUUGUGCUUCUAUCCCAUCUGGCUGAUAUAACCCUGAACACAGCUCAACUGCCAAAAAGCCUGCGGGUCGAAAUCGACCUGAAGGUACAGAGCUGCAGUAAAAAUGUCACCCAUGUGACGCAGUUAGGAUGGGUUCUCGAGAAUGAUGUCAGGAGGAUUCAGGUCUUUGCCGAAGCCCUAGUGUAUUUGGACAGACUUAAUCAUUCCCAAGCUCAUGUGUCAGUGGAAUUCAUGCAAGAGCGAAAGUCGCUGGAUGACAUCCUCCAUAGACUCCGUUAUAGGCUGACAGAGGUGGACCUUAAUCAUAUACGUCUCACUCUCCGUAGCAUUUCGGAGAAGGUGAAAACACCGAUUGAGUGGCGGGCAUUGAAAGAAUCAGACGUCAGUGCUGAUAUCUGUGGUUUUCUGAAACUCAGCCACUGGUCCAAAUGUACUGAGGGUCACAUUUACUACAACCGGUCGGCUGACAGUGUGCAGGAAACUUUUUGUUGCCCAGAAUGCUUAACCAUCUAAACCAAUUGCAAGUGUUUCUGGAAUCUUGCACUAAAACGCCAUUUAUAAAAUACUAUUAAAUUCAUCCUCAGAUCUGUAACAUCUGUAACUGUACGGUUUGAGCUGAGAUAAGAUGUGUCUUAAUAUCGAUAAAUAUAGCAAAAAAACUUUACCACAAGAUGUUUAGUGUAUUAUUUUGCUAAGUUAGUGCUAAUGUAGCACGUUCAUUUUUUAAUUUAGUCUUUUAAUGUGAUAGUUGCACAAAAUCCAGUUUUUUGUUCAACCUGAUACUCCGUAAAUUAGUUUUUUUUUUAUUUGACCAGAGCACAUGGAAAUUUGUUACCGUUUUGUGCCGUAAGAGCAAUUUAAAAAGGGACCUCGGCAACGACAGCUGCAUCGACGCCCUCAGAGUGAGACCGGUUGCACUAGGUUGUUGCAGAAUUUAUUGUAAUGUUUUUCAUAAUUCUUGCUCCAGUGCUAACUUGCCCUUGUCUAGUAAGAACCCAAUCCUCAUGGUGUGAAUAGUUGUCAGAUUCCUGGAUUGUUUUAUAAUGUUUUACUUAGCUCCAGUUCUGUAAUGUUAGCAUGCACUUGUCUGUAGUCAUUCAUUAGAAGCUUAGCCUAGCAACAUUUAUACCGAAGCUGAUUUCUUCACAACUGCAAUGUUUGGGAUGUAUUACCUACUUCAUUUGUACAUCACUUGUGACAAAAGGGUUUGCUAAACAAAGAGAUAAUAAAUAAAUGAAAGUAUCCAAG